AUGAAUACCAUUCUUGCGCAUCGUGGACCAUCGAUCCUCCGCCGUUUCAUUGCUCGAUCUCCCCGUUUUGUUGUACGCACUUCCAAUGAUGCGCGGUUGGCGCUGUCCGCUGUGGUAGCGGGGACUGUGGCUAUUCAGAUUCAAUUGAGGAACGCAUAUGCGAACGCUGCAACCUCGGAAACGCACACAAGGCGAACACAAACUUCCAAAACUGAGGGAAAGACCACAAAAUCUAAAGCGAAUAAGAAGAAGUCCGCGACCAAAACCAAAGCUAAACAGAAGCCCAAGAAGAAAUUGACCGAUAAUCAAAAGGAAGCGCUGAAGAAAAAGGCGCAGAGACAGGAGAUCAAAGAACUGAAAAUAGCGGCUUUAACUCCACCCAAGGCCCUUGCUAACAAUCCCUUUGGGCUUGUCCUCCAACAAAACGUCGGUGAAACUUUGGCGCAAAAGAUCGAAACGUAUAGGAAUAUGUCGGCCGCCGAACGCGACCGUCUUCGAGAGUUGGCUAAAGCAAACACUGACACGAACAAAGCUGCUUUUGAGCAAUGGGUAAAGAGCCACACCCCACUUCAGAUUAAAGAAGCGAAUGCUGCCCGUCGAAGACUCCGGCUUUUGUCGGGACGACCUCGCUCGUUCGCAGAUAUCCCUGACCCGAGGCAAGUCAAACGGCCCGGGAGUGCGUAUAUCAUCUUCGCAAAAGAACGGCUCAACAGUGGAGAAGUCAAUCAUCUGACGGCGAACGAGCGGAUAUCUCACAUUGCGGAGAACUGGCGGAAAAUGACCCAGGCUGAGCAAGAGAAAUACCGAGAACUCCAGAAGGAGGCCUCGAGACAUUAUGCCAUGCAAUAUGAAUCGGUAUACGGCGAAAGCCCAAAGCACCAAGUGUCGAAAUAA